AUCAUAUUUAAUUUAAGAUUCUCUUUUUGGUAUCCAAUAGGUGAAUUUUCAGAAUUAAGGGAAGUUAGAAAGGAAAAUAAAAGAAGACGGGAGAGAGUAGUUUAGCAGAAUUCAACCUCCUCUCUUCUCAACUGCUCCUGGACAUGCUCCUCUCUUUCUUUUUGGUAUCCAAUUAGACUGGUUGGGACUUGGUACGUAUAUAUAUAUAUAUAUAUAUGUAGCCCUAAAUUCAUACAAAGUUUCUCCAUCGAUCCCAGCAGGGCUCCAAACUUUCACCAAACCAGCUCUUAAUUCUUGUUCUUCUUGUUCUUCUUCUUCAAUGGCGGUUAUUACCAACAGGUACAUAGCAAUAAAGACGCACAUCAAUGGAGCGCCGAAAGAGUCCGACUUCGACUUCAAGACCGAAACAAUUUCGCUCUCCGUCGAGCCCCGCUCCAACGAUGUCAUCGUCAAAACCCUCUACUUAUCCAUCGAUCCUUACCAGAUAAAUCGCAUGAAGACUUCCAGUUCGUCGCAGAAAGCCGCUGCUUUCGCCGUUGCCAUUACUCCCGGCGAGGCUGUGGACGCAAUAGGAGUGGGGAAAGUUGUGGCUUCUGGGCACCCAGAUUUCAAGAAGGAUGAUUUGGUUUCUGGAGUGAUCAGCUGGGGAGAGUAUAGCAUAGUGAAAGGCGGGAAAAUGCUGAAUGCUGUAAAUCUCAUGGGCCUUCCACUCUCUUAAACACAUAUAUGCAUCGAUCUUUGCAUAUGUGGCGUUGCAGGACUCAGUGGACUUACAGCAUAUGCUGGGUUUUUCCAAUUGGGUAAGCCGAAGAAGGGGGAGAAAGUGUUUGUUUCUGCAGCUUCUGGAUCCGUCGGGAAUUUGGUUGGCCAGUAUGCUAAGUUGUUCGGAUGCUAUGUGGUUGGCUGUGCUGGGACCAACCAAAAGGUGGAUUUGCUCAAAGAGAAGCUUGGUUUUGACGAUGCAUUUAACUACAAAGAAGAAACUGACCUGGAAUCAGCUCUCAAAAGGUAUUUCCCUAACGGCAUAGAUAUAUAUUUCGACAGCGUGGGAUCAAAAAUGCUUAAAGGUGCAGUUGCAAAUAUGAACAUUUUUGGUAGAGUUGUUGUGUGCGGUGCUAUUGCUGAAUACACUGAUGCAAGAAAACGAGCAAGACUAGAUAUGUUAGACAUUAUAUACAAGAGAAUUAAUAUUCAAGGAUUCUUGGUUGUUGAUCACCAGAAUGUGCAUGGAGAUUUUAUUUUGACAACAAUCGAUCAUCUUCAGAAUGGCAAAAUUCAAGUACUUGAAGACAUUUCUCACGGUCUAGAAAAUGUCCCCAAUGCUUUUUUGGGGCUUUUCUCUGGUGACAAUGUUGGAAAGAAGGUUGUUCAUGUUGAAUAUGCAUAAGUUAUUUUUCUAGUAAUAGUUUGUCCUUAUUCCAAAUUCCUUUUGAAUGAAAUAUCCAAAAUUUUAUGGAGUACCUUGAAUUAUGAGAAAAUGAAAUAGAGUAAA